CGAAGGUGGGCUCAGCGCGCGGGCGGCGCGGCGGCGCGCGCCAGGGGGCGGUCCUGUGCGGCCGGCACCGCCCUCCCUCCGCGCGCUCCUCUCCUCCCAGUCUCCCCCGCGCUUCCUGCACUAAGACAGUCCCCGCCGCGUCUUCUUUGCCGGCUCGCUAGCCCUGGCCGAGCCAUGGCGGCCUUCAGCAAGUACUUGACGGCGCGAAACUCCUCGCUGGCGGGGGCCGCGUUCCUGCUGCUUUGCCUGCUCCACAAGCGGCGCCGCGCUCUCGGCCUGCACGGUAAGAAAAGUGGAAAACCACCAUUACAGAACAAUGAGAAAGAAAGGAAAAGAGAAAGAGCUGUGGUGGACAAAGUGUUUUUAUCAAGGCUCACACAGAUUCUGAAAAUCAUGGUUCCUAGGACAUUUUGUAAAGAGACAGGUUACUUGAUACUUAUUGCUGUCAUGCUGGUAUCUCGAACGUAUUGUGAUGUUUGGAUGAUUCAAAAUGGGACACUCAUUGAAAGUGGUAUCAUUGGUCGUAACAGAAAAGAUUUCAAGAGGUACUUACUCAACUUCAUCGCUGCCAUGCCUCUCAUCUCUCUGGUUAAUAACUUCUUGAAGUAUGGGUUAAAUGAGCUUAAAUUGUGCUUCCGAGUAAGGCUCACUAAAUACCUCUUUGAGGAGUAUCUUCAAGCUUUCACAUAUUAUAAGAUGGGAAAUCUGGACAACAGAAUAGCUAAUCCAGACCAGCUGCUUACACAAGAUGUAGAAAAAUUUUGUAACAGUGUAGUUGAUCUAUAUUCAAAUCUUAGUAAGCCAUUUUUAGACAUAGUUUUGUAUAUCUUUAAGUUAACAAGUGCAAUUGGAGCUCAGGGCCCAGCAAGCAUGAUGGCCUACUUGGUUGUUUCUGGGCUAUUCCUAACGCGACUUAGAAGACCCAUUGGAAAGAUGACCAUAACUGAACAAAAGUAUGAAGGAGAAUAUAGAUACGUUAAUUCCAGGCUCAUCACAAAUAGUGAAGAAAUUGCCUUUUACAAUGGAAAUCAAAGAGAAAAGCAGACAAUCUACUCAGUCUUCCGAAAAUUGGUUGAACACCUACAUAAUUUCAUUUUGUUCCGGUUCUCUAUGGGGUUCAUUGAUAGUAUAAUUGCCAAAUACCUUGCCACUGUAGUUGGUUACCUAGUUGUCAGUCGUCCUUUCUUAGAUUUAUCUCACCCUCGACAUCUCAAGAGUUCACAUUCAGAACUUCUGGAGGAUUACUAUCAAAGUGGAAGAAUGCUUUUGCGUAUGUCUCAAGCUCUGGGUCGAAUAGUUUUGGCUGGGCGUGAAAUGACUAGAUUGGCUGGCUUUACUGCUCGGAUUACAGAAUUAACACAAGUACUAAAGGAUUUAAAUCAUGGCAAAUAUGAACGCACAAUGGUCUCGCAACAAGAAAGGGGUAUUGAAGGAGUACAAGUCAUUCCCUUGAUACCUGGUGCUGGAGAAAUCAUUAAUGCAGAUAACAUUAUAAAGUUUGAUCAUGUUCCUUUAGCAACACCAAAUGGAGAUGUCUUGAUCCGAGACCUUAAUUUUGAGGUUCGAUCUGGGGCCAAUGUUCUAAUUUGUGGUCCAAAUGGCUGUGGAAAGAGUUCACUUUUCCGUGUUCUUGGUGAAUUAUGGCCUCUUUUUGGAGGACGUCUAACUAAACCUGAGAGAGGAAAGUUAUUUUAUGUUCCUCAGAGACCUUAUAUGACCCUUGGAACACUUCGAGACCAAGUGAUAUAUCCAGACGAAAGAGAAGAUCAGAAAAAGAAGGGAAUAUCUGACCUAGUACUGAAGGAAUACUUAGACAAUGUCCAGUUGGGUCAUAUCCUUGAACGUGAAGGAGGCUGGGACAGUGUUCAGGACUGGAUGGAUGUACUUAGUGGUGGAGAAAAGCAAAGAAUGGCGAUGGCAAGAUUAUUUUAUCACAAACCCCAGUUUGCCAUUUUGGAUGAAUGCACAAGUGCCGUUAGCGUGGAUGUGGAAGGCUACAUUUACAGUCACUGUCGGAAGGGAUGGUCGGCAUCACCCUCUUCACUGUGUCACAUAGAAAAUCUCUUUGGAAACACCAUGAGGUUUUACUACCUGCAUAUGGAUGGCAGAGGCAAUUAUGAAUUCAAACAGAUAACAGAAGAUACAGUUGAGUUUGGCUCUUAGAGAAAUCCGGAGAACUGUACCUACUUCAAUGAAAUAAUUAUGGAAUAUACUUAGAAAUACAAAGUACAUUGUAAAAUAAAGUUGAGCUUGUUUUUUUAAAAAACAAAGCAACAAAUUGACUACAUAUAGAAUAAUCAAGAACAAGUUGUUAAAACAUUUAAUAUUAUAUAGGAUAUUGCUAAUUGUGUAUAUGUUGGUUUAAUUAUUAAUAUGUACUAAGAAUGUCCUUAUUCUUGUGGUUAAAAACCUGCCUGAAUUAAAUUGGGCUUAAAUCAGUGUAACCUGAUUCAUCCUGGGAUGUAAACCAUUUGAAGUCAGCUAAUUUGACUUUUAUGGCUCUACCUUUUCCUUCAAUGAAGAACCCUAUUUAAAACUGGGGUCAUCACUUGUCCUGUUCUAACAAGAUAGUUUUGGGUUUCAUUUUCUUGUGCUCCAUCGUAGUGGGAAACAAACAAAUCAUAAUGUGUUAGUAGACUGUGUAACAUCAUUGCACAGUGGCAGAUUUCUUUAGCUGCCACAAUUAUAUUCAUUCCUUAGAUACGUCUCAGAGUGCAUUUGACUCCAGGAAAGCCAUUUGGAUUUUCUUUAGUUAAAUGGUAAAUAUGCGCCUCUCUGUCUGCAGUGUUGAGUUGUUUGAGGUGGUGUAAAAAACGUGCACUGCACGCACAGUCUUGCUUAUGAGGGUUGUUACUAUGUGUCACACCUCAUCUGCCCAGCGUUUGGGAUAUUAAAACACAAAGUCCGUACAAGUCAAGCUCAAUGUCUUAUAAGAUUUAAAUUUUUUUUAAGAAUGGACAGAUUUGUGUGUGUUGGAAACCCAUUCACUGGAAGUGUGGUGGUUAUGUGGUGUUAAACUCCAGAUGAGCCGUAGGAACGCACUACGUGGAGUAAAGCACUGAGUAUGAAAUGCUGUCACUGUCUUUGACCAUGACUUUAUGUCUAAAAAUAUGUUAUAGAAUUAUUAUGUCCGUGGGUGAAUUAUGUUUUCCCAGGCACUGGUUUAUCUCUGUGAAUCUUGAGUAACUUUUUAAUAUUUGGAUUAUGAUGUUGAACUCUCCUAAGAGAAGAUGAUUGUAGCUCAGCAAACCACCAUUAAUGACUACAUGUGUACUAUUUUGCACAAGGAGAACCCAAACCAAGUAUAAUCAAUAAGCUAGAUAUGAAUUCUGUUUUGUUAAACUGGGGUUCAGAAAGGGGCAUUUUAUAUUCUUAUUUCUGCAUAACCCAUUUUGUUUUUUUGCAGAAUUAACUAUAAAAAUCAUCGGCUACUGAAGUAAAUUUGAUAUACUGAUUCUAUAAUACAUAACAUUCGAUUUUUUACCACUUCUCUUUAGCAAACUUGUAUACUUAUUUUCUGUUCAGAUUAAAAAAAGUCAGAUAUACAACCUUUGCUUGUUAUUUUUUAAUUCUGAUAUCAGAAUACUGAGAAGUUCAUAUAUAGUUAAGUCUUGACUUGAAAACAUACAUAAUUUUUAGUCUUGACUUGAAAAACAAAAAUAAAUUCAUAAAACACUUUUAGUACCAGUGUCAAAUGCGGCUUUUAAUUGAAAGCAUUUCUCUUUUAGAAAAGUUCAAUGUUAUCUUCAGUGUACCUGACAAAUGCUGCCAAACAGCUGGGAGACCCUAAAAGAUAUUAUCAAUCCGGGGAAAGAUUUUUAAGUUGUGGGGAAGUCUCAGAUUUUCAGGUUUCUGGGUUACCUUAAACCUACCAGUAGAAGUAUUGUCCUACCUGAUACCUGAUUGCCUUUGUAAUGUGUUCUUGCCAUCAAAAACCCAAUUUGGGCUUAAAAAAUUUUUCUCCCUUCCUUUUUGAUUUAACAAAUAUUGAACUGCUUUACCAGUUGAGGCAUAGAGGAAGAUCCCUCUGGAGAUUCACAAUUACAUUAGCAUAAUGAUGGUUCUAAGAAGGCCUGCAAUAAAGAAAUCCAGCAUUUCCAAACA